ACGAAACGUGCUAUGGGCACGCGGUGUGGGCAGUGGUGUUUAGGGUGGGUUGGAGAGGGGAGAUGCUAGAAACAGGGGCUGGGGCAAUGUGCUCCAGCACUGAUCCCAGGAGGAGGGGAGCUCGGAUGUGGGUGGUGAUCAUCGUCGGGAUGCAGAGGACAGGUGGAUGCGAGUGCAGAGGGAGAUCAAGGAGAGGGGAAAGGGGAGCCAGGCCAGGUGCCUGCAGAAAUAGCACCAAUAAAGAGAACAGGGUGCCCCAGGAGACUUUUGUCUGGCCAAUGUUGAGGUAAUGGGAAGACAUUUAAAUUGUCCAGCAGGCAGUUGAGAACAAGAGAUUCAGUCAUUUGUGUAGAGGUGGGGCUAGAAGAUUAGAUUUCGAAAAACAGUGUGGGAUGAAGGAAGCAGGUGGUUUGAAUCUUUUCCACACUGCGGGGACUGAAAGGGGAAGUGGAGGCUGGAGGAGGCACCAGAAGAGCAGUGUCUGCAGAAUGCUGGAGGCAAAGCAGCUUGCAGGGUGCUAAUGCACCGAGCGGGUAGGAAGGGGAGGGGAGGAAAUGGGAGCUGUAGGGAGUGGGAGCAGUGAGAUGGGGAAAGCGAAACACGUUUGGAGGAAGAACGGCAAGGUUAACAUGCAAGGGGGCGGGGGUCGGAUUGCUGAGUGCCCAGCACUCAUGCCUUCUCUCCCCACACCUUGUCCCUGCUCCAGCUCCAACUACCCAGCGCAGGAUCCCCGCCACCUCCACUUUUCUUGCCCACGGAUCCUCCAAUGGUCUGGCUUCUGGCCAAAUGCUGGGUGCGCAGCUCUGACUUCCAGCUCCAUGAGCUGCAGUCUCAUCUUCUGAGGGGACACUUGAUGGCUGAGGUCAUUGCUGUGGCCACCAUGAGGUGCCUGCCAUCCAUACAUCCUAUCUUCAAGCUUAUCAUUCCUCACCUGCGAUACACCCUGGAAAUUAACGUCCGGGCCAGGACUGGGCUGGUCUCUGACAUGGGAAUUUUUGACCAGGUGGUGAGCACUGGUGGGGGAGGCCACGUGGAGCUGCUCAAGCGAGCUGGAGGCUUUCUAACCUAUAGCUCCUUCUGUCCCCCUGAUGACUUGGCUGACCGGGGGCUCCUGGGAGUGAAGUCUUCCUUCUAUGCCCAAGAUGCACUGCGGCUCUGGGAAAUCAUCUUUCGGUAUGUGGAAGGAAUCGUGAGUCUCCACUAUAAGACAGACGUGGCUGUGAAAGAUGACCCAGAGCUGCAGACCUGGUGUCGAGAGAUCACUGAAAUCGGGCUGCAAGGGGGCCAGGACCGAGGGUUUCCUGUCUCUUUACAGUCUCGGGAUCAGGUUUGCCGCUUUGUCACCAUGUGUAUCUUCACCUGCACCGGCCAACACUCUUCUGUGCAUCUGGGCCAGCUGGACUGGUACGCUUGGGUCCCUAAUGCACCCUGCACGAUGCGGCUGCCCCCGCCGACCACCAAGGAUGCAACACUGGAGACAGUGAUGGCAACGCUGCCCAACUUCCAUCAGGCGUCUCUCCAGAUGUCCAUGACUUGGCAGCUGGGCAGACGCCAGCCCAUUAUGGUGGCUGUGGGCCAGCAUGAGGAGGAGUAUUUUUCGGGCCCUGAGCCUAAGGCUGUGCUGAAGAAGUUCAGGGAGGAGCUGGCUGCCCUGGAUAAGGAAAUCGAGAACCGGAAUGCAAAGCUGGACAUGCCGUACGAGUACCUGCGGCCCAGCCUGGUGGAAAACAGUGUGGCCAUCUGAGCGCCGCCAGCCUUUGGUUACUUCAGCCCCCCUCACCCAAGCCACAAGCUGACCCCUUGGUGGUUACAGUCCUGCCCUCCCAAGCCCCACACUCUUCCCAUGUCCCACCCUCCCGCAAGGGGCACCUUUUCAUGGUCUCUGCACCCAGUGAACACAUUUUACUCUAGAGGCAUCACCUGGGGCCUUACUCCUUUUUCCUUCCUCCUUCCUUUCCUAUCUUCCUUCCUCCCUCUCUUCCUCGUUCUUCAUUGAGAUCUAUAGGGUAAAUAGCCACAAUUAUAUAAACCAUUUCAAGGCUAGAAUAGGGGGAUAAUACGUAUUACUCCACACCUUUUAUGAAUCAAAUAUGAUUUUGUUGUUGUUAAGACAGAGUCUCACUUUGACACCCAGGCUGGAGUGCAGUGGCACCAUCACCAUGGCUCAUUGCAGUCUCAGCCUCCUGGGCUCAAAUGAUCCUCCCUCCUCAGCCUCCCGAGUAGCUGAAACUAUAGGCUCAUGCCAUCGUGCCCAGAUAAUUUUUUAAAAUUUUUUAUAGAGAUGGGUCCUCACUAUAUUUCCUAAGCUGGAAAUAGGAUUUUGAACCCAAAUUGAGUUUAACAAUAACAAAAAGUUAUUUUACACUAAAGAUGGAAAAGAACUAGGACUAAAGUAUUUUAAAUAAAAUAUUGGCAAAAGAA